AUGGUCCAGCUUACCGAGGUCGAGGACGAGCACUUCCAGCAGCCGCAGGUCGGCCCUGAGGAGGAUGACGAGGAUUUCACUGACACCGACUCCGAGAUCUCCGUCGACUCCGACUACGAGCCCCAAGAGACCUUCACCGACCGCCUGUACGCCCUGCGCGACAUGGUCAGCCCCACCACGCGCGGCUGGUUCUACCACAAGUACUACACCACCACCAACUUUGUCAAGUCCACACUCAGCUUCGCCGGCCGCGCCGCCUGGGCCGUUUCCGUUUCCGGUCUGCUGAUCGGCGUCCCCUUCGCUAUCGCCUUUGCCGAGGACCAGAACUACGCUGCCAUGGAGCAGGAGGCGCGCAUGCGCGAGUUGGGCAGUGAUGUUCUUACCGCUGGUGGCGAGCAGGGACAGGCUGGCACCGCCGAGAAGACGCUGGCUGCCAUUGGUGGUGAGGGCGCCAGGCCCGCGCUCUAA